AUGUUGGAAUCUUUGUUUAUUCUCAUGGAUUUUCAGAUACCCAUCAAGAAUAUCAAAGGGUCUGCUUAUGAUUCUGAUAGUUAUGUCGAUGGUAAUCGUAAAGGUAACAACUUGGUGUCUGAAAAUGGGAUUUUCGAAUUUGGGUUUUUCGAGAAAGAUGGUGGCGAAUUCGUAGUGGAGAUUAGGUACAAUUUAGGUCUCAAAACAGCAAAUUUGCCUAUUUGGACUGUUGGUGGUGGUGUUAGGGUUCCAAUCAAUUCUACAUUGAAACUUUCCAUGGAUGGGAGACUGAUCUUGUUCGAAAACCCUAGUAAUUCCAUAGUUUGGAGUAGUAAUACUUCAAAUUCAGGAGUUGAAUCCGUCACCCUCUUGAACAACGGCAAUCUAGUUCUAAUCGACAGUCAAAAUACAGUCAUUUGGGAAAGCUUUCACCGGCCGACCAACACCUUGCUCCCCGGCCAAUUUCUCCGUUACCCACAAAAUCUCAGACCCCCUUCCACAAAAUCGAUUACCAGUUACUACACAUUUGUAAUCCAUCCAGAAGGGAUCGCUUUAAUGUGGGAAAGCAACAUCACUUACUGGAAACCCAAUUUGAGCACUUCACGUGCAACAAUCAAAGAAGUUCGAUUCGAUUCAAAUGGCGUUUUGGGUCUAUACGAUAAUAGUAAUAAAGUUAUUUGGUCGAUAUCAAGUACCGAUUUUGGUGACACUUCUGUGAAUUUAAGGCAUCUCAGAAUCGAUCAAGAUGGGAACUUGAGAAUAUAUUCAUGGAAUAAUGUUCUUCGUUCUUGGAAAGUUGGUUGGCAAGCUGUAGAAGAUCAAUGCAACGUGUUUGGUUCUUGUGGGUUAUACAGCGUUUGUGGGUAUAAUUCCACCGGCCCCAUUUGUGGUUGUUUGUAUUCCGAUUCCAUAGACGAGGGGAAUUCCAUUCCUUCAUCUGAUUCCGGUUCGGGUUCUGGGUGCAAGAAAAUGGUUGAUUUAGCAAACUGUAAACAUCAUACAAGCAUGUUGGUAAUGAAACAAACCGUUCUUUAUGGAUUAUACCCUCCUCAUGAUAUCGAUAUGAUGUUGAGUGAAGAAUCUUGUAAAGAAUAUUGUUCAAAUGACACCACGUGUUUAGCACUAACUUCAAAGAAUGAUGGGUCGGGUUUAUGCACUUUGAAAAGAACCGGAUUUAUUAGUGGAUCUACAGGCCCUUCAAUCCCUUCAACUUCAUUCUUGAAGGUUUGUUUAGUCCCACAGGCGGUUGCCACCAAGGGUGGCAACCCUAAUGCCGCCCCUAAAUCAAUAUCUUUCCCAUUUCAAGGUAACUAUAGAAAGGUUAUAGGGGCAAUUGCUUUUGUAAUUUUAGUGACAGUUUCGGUUAUUUUAGGGAUUCAGAUGUUUACCCUUUUGUUUGUUUAUCACAAAAGGCGAAAAAACUCUGAGAAGAUAGUUAUAGGGGCAAAAACAAACCUUAAUAAUAUUGCACUUGUUCGAUUAUCUUUCAAGGAAGUGGAAGAACUCACUUCAGGAUUUUCAACUCCUCUUGGGUCUUCAGUGUUCAAAGGGGUACUACCGGAAAAAAUGGCGGUGGUGGUGAAGGUGGUGGAGGGAACGGUGGUGUCGGAGAAGGAGUUUGUGAAGGCGACAGCGGUCUUGGGCGGCACCCACCACCGGAAUUUAGUGUCUGUAAAAGGGUUUUGCUUUGAGCCGAAACAGAAGGUGGUGUUAAUUUAUGAAUAUAUCUCAAAUGGGUCUGCUGACAAAUGGGUAUUUGAGGAUCAAAUUGAAAGAAAUUGGCAAAAAAGAGUUGAUAUUGCUCUUGGGGUUACACGUGCUCUUGCGUAUCUACACACUGAAUGUCAACUAUGCAUUCCUCAUGGAAAUUUGAAGCUUGAAAAUGUGUUGUUUGAUGAAAGAAUGGUGCCAAAAUUGACUGAUUUUGGGAUUAAAAGUUUUUUGUGUUCAUCUUCAUCGUCUUCAUCAAACCAGUCUCCAUCAGAGGAAGAUAUUUACAUGCUUGGGAAACUGUUGAUUGAGAUUGUGUUGUGUUGUAGGGAUGCAGCAGGAGAUUAUAGUUUGGAUCAAGUGAUGGAGAAAGUGAUUGUAGAACAGAAGUAUUUAGAUAAUGAGGAUUUGAGUGGGGUUGAAAGAGUGGUGAGGAUUGCUUUGUGGUGUAUGCAAAAUCAGCCAUUUUUGAGACCUUCGGUUGGUGAAGUGAUGAAGGUGUUGGAAGGUACACUUUCUGUUGAUAGACCACCAUCAAGCUUUGCUUAUAGAUAUUGUGAUGAUACAGAGAAGGAAGGUGUGGUUGUUGUAGGAGAAAUAGAGUCAGGAUCUUAG